CCUAAGAGCAACUCUUGGAGCGGAAAGGGACUAGGCAGGACAGAGCAGGGCUGGGCAGGGUGCACCAGCGCUGAGAGGGGAGUGCCCGAGGAGUCAGACACACUAAGUCCGCGGAGCACUAUGCCGCCGGCCGUUCUACCAGUUUUUUUUGCUUUGUUGCUCCAGUCCCUGCUUCCUCUACCCCAAGCUGGAGAUCUCCCAACCAUGGAUAGCAUGUCUACCGGCACCUGCAUCAAUGCCAAAACACUGUGCCUAGAAGACUUCACUUGUAGUACCUCCUUCCUCUUUUUGGAAACGUGCUUUCCUUUUACGGUCUCAGCAACUCAAAAGCCUGAAAACCAGGAAGACUGCCUGAAGGCAGCACAACAGCUUCAGAAUAACUCUCUUAGCACCUGCAGAUGCCUAUGGCGCAUGAAGAAUCAGGACAACUGCCUGGCUAUCUACUGGACCAUCCAUUCUCCUUAUGGCUUUGGUCACUAUGAUUUGGGAGGCUCACCAUAUAAAGAAAUUGUGAUCAACAAACCCUGGAAAUUUAAUCAUCUGGACUUGUUGGAGUCAGGCUCCGUGUCCCAAAGCAGCCCUGAUCUCUGCCUGAAGUCCACCACUCUGUGCACCUUGAAUGACAAAUGUAACAAGUUGCGCCUGGCCUAUGGGGAAGUCUGCUCAGUGGCUCGAUGUCAACCCCUAAAGUGUCAGCAGGAGCUCCGUGUCUUCUUUGAGCAGGUAGCAGACCACUAUGCCCAAGCACUCCUAUUCUGCCCUUGUGAUGAUGGGGAUGAUGCCUGUGGAGCACGACGGCGCAACACCUUUGCCCCUAGCUGUGCGUCUCCAACCAGAGACCCCCACAACUGCCUGAUGCUUUGGAAUAUGUGCCUUCAAGACUUGCUUUGCAGAUCUCGCCUGGCUGAUUUUCAGAUGCACUGCAUUCACAUGGACCCUCUGGUGACUUGUGUGGGGACCCAGCUCCACCGGUGCCUAAAGGCAUAUAUGGGGUUGAUUGGUACUGUUAUGACCCCCAAUUACAUCAGCAACCUCAGUACUGAGGUUGCUGUGGGCUGUUCCUGCCGGGGCAGUGGUAACCAACUGGAAGAGUGCAAGCACAUACAGGAUUCCUUUUCCAGAAAUCCCUGCCUUACAAAGGCUAUUAAAACUCAGAUGCAGUUCUACCACCAACGGCUUUCCAAAAGCUCUCCCCCUGCCAUCUCUCAGGAGACUUUUCAAGACCUGGGGAAUCCCUCCUAUUCUGUGGAUGUAAACCAGAAUAACAGUCUGGCUGGAAGACUGCAACCCUGGGUCUCCAUCAUCUCCUUGGGUUUCCUGACCUUAGUUCUGCUUCCACUCCCUGUUCUUGGUCACUUAUAAUAAAUAGUACUUUGCUUAUGGUCCCUCUCCCGCCUUGCAUAUCAUCUCCUUGAGAGUCCCAGCCAGGGCUGUUUUAAGAAUGCAGAAGGGAAAACCUGGAGGGGCAGAAAAAAAGAUUGUACCUUGCCUGCCCCAGACCUUCAUUUAAAAAUAAUUACUAGAAGAGGUCUGAAAAGAAAGAAAAAUCUGUCAUAUAGCAUGGAGAAAAAAAAAUGGAAAAUAAGAACUGGUACUGUCUUUUGAGGCUGUUCUUUCCAUAGCAGAAAAGGAGUUCUAUGAUUAUUCCUCCAAGGUGUACCCUUCAUAGUGGUCCUGUGUUCUAGAUGAGGCAACACUCAGGGAUUGGAGGGAACAGAAGAUGGAAUAUUAAACUUUAUAGAAUGAGCUCAAUUGAAUGAGGCUAGCUUGGGCUGUCAGUCUCUUCCACCCCGGGUUAUUUGCCUCUAGGGAUUGUGGAUUGAAUGAGUUUCUCUGAUUGCCUAGCAGUGGGAAUUAGCCUAUGAAUUAAAUCAAAUUCUCUCUACUUUCCCUAGUCUAAAGCCUUUUCCCCCAAGAGCUAUUCUCCCUCCACUCUUACAAUUUUUAAAAUUUAAUCAUGGAACAAAGAUGUAGUAAAUGCCUACUAUGUGCAACAUUGGUUAUUCUCUUAAAACCCAGUGAAAUAAUUUGCCAAUUUUGUGUCUCUAGCCAAGCAGAAUGGUUAAUAUCUCCCAUUCCUCUUUCUUAGUAAAAUAAAAUAAAAUAAAAUUCCCACAUCUUGUCCAAUCCUUAGCCUCUAAUCUGAAUGACAAAAGAGGCAUUCUGGACAGUAGUUCUAGAGCAGGCACCCAGAUCUUUUUUAGGUUCUUGAGUGGGUCCCCCUAUGCCCUUUUCUGAUAUGCUAAUUCCACCCCAAUUCCCCUUCCUUCAGUUACAUCAUCAUUAAACAUUUCAGUUUAAAACUUGGUUCUUUUCAUAUUUUUUUGUUCCAUGUUACAUUUAAACAGAGCACUAUUUCCUUAAUUAUUUGAAAAACUGGAUCUCCUCUUUUAUUGCUCCUCAUGCCCACUUAAGCUGUCCUUCUACCUCUGUACCUUUUUUUUUUUUUUAAACAAUGAACCUCUCAUGCCCAUAUGAGGAAGGCUCAGACAUUUCUGGUCUUGUUAGCACUGCAACCAGUUCUGGGAGACUUCUCUCUCUCCUUGGAAUCUGCUGCCCAGCUCCUCACUCCCAGCACACACUUCUAGCCAUUCACCUUGUUGAACUUUCAGACCUCAGUCCUUAAGCAGGUCUGGCUUCUUCCCCUUUCAGAGUGCAGAAUGAGGAGAAAAAACACAUAUAAGAAAGAGAAUGUUUAUGGAAUGUACCACAUAAGUACAAAGUAGAGCUUUUAGUGAGGGGAGUAAAAAAUUCUCCUUCCUUGAAUAUCUCAAAGUGAGCUUUGAGUAGAACUUUAAAGAGGGUGAAGGGCAGUUUGGCCUAAAGAAUCUGGGAGGAUAUUCACUUGGGAAGGAUACCCAGUAAAAAAGCCCAGAGAGAGGCAAGAUCAGGAAGCCUUCCUGUCUCUAUCUAGCAUUCCAACCCUCACAGAAAAUCAGAUUCCAGAGAAUUUUAGGGCUGCAAGAGACUUCAGGGACCAUCUAUCCACCUCAUUUUCCAGAUGAUGAAAUUUUCCAGAGUAAGAAAAUCGCCUAAGCCUAAUUAUGAUAGAACUGGAUCUAGUUCCUUGAGUCCAGUUUUCUAAUUAUUAUACUGCUCCCCUCAAUACCACCUCCCACUGUUGACUGCCCUCUCUAUAUGCUCCAGGGGUCUCCUGUUCAACCCCACUAACUCCUGUCUCCUUUCAACUCCUCCACUUCCAUCUCCCUCACUCUCAGUGCCCAGUCUCCAUUUGCUGUAGCUCUCUCCAUUAGCCCUGGGCCAGAGGAGCAGAACAGUCACAGCUAAGUGCUUGAAUUAGACUAAUAGACGACUGCUCAUUCCUGCUCUUAUGUGGUACAAAAUUCCUGGUAAACAAACUAGCAGCUCCCACCUCCUGGGCUGGGAGCCAAGAGCUGUGGUAGGGAAAUGAAGCGUCAAGAUUUCAUCUCUGAGGGUCCCACCGAGUCAGAUCUGUGUUAUUAUGACCAUUAGGCUGGCUAAUAAAUAAGGAAGAAUAGAAGGGAAAACAAAGAGGGAGGAGAAAGAAUAAGGAGAUAUAAGUCAAUAAUCAACAUGUUGAAGGAAGAAAAGAGAUAAGGCCUUUUACCAGUAGUGGGCAUCUAUCUCAGGGAGAACAAAGACAUAAGGAAAGAGCUCAUAUAUACCCAAAUGUUUGUAAUGGCAUUUCCCCACCCUCCUUUGCAAUAGCUAAAAAAGAAAAGGAGAGGAAAGGGGGGAAAAGUUUAGAAACGCAGAGGAUACCAAUCAAUGAGGGAAUAGCAGAACAAAUUUGGAAUGUGAACAUAAGAGAAGACGAUUGCUCUAUCAAAAUGACAAAUUGUGGGAUUCAGAGAAAAUUAGAAAGACUUGUAAAAUGAUAAAUAGAGAAAUAAAACCACAGUCAAAAGAAUAAUAUAUAUACUGACCAGUAAUAAGGAUAACCAUGCUAAAAAGAUAAUUCAAAUGAACAUCACUCAACAAGCAUUUUUGAAGUAUUAGGAGGGGGAGCAAACACUCUUCAAAUACAAAGACAAAAAUGCCCUCAGAGACCUUCCACCAGGUCUUUAAUGACUAAGUCAAUACAAGAGAAUAGGCAAUGAAGCAUUGCUUUUCUUCUUUUUGUAAAGAGGGAGUAUAGAAUGAUGCAAACCCAGUCAGUGUGUUGGUUUUCUUUGUAAUAAGGCAGAGUUCAGAGAAUCAUAGGAAAGAUUA